AUGGCCUCGGUUAGGUAUUACACACCGACUGAGGUUUCGCUGCAUAAUACGGAGACUGAUCUAUGGGUCUCAAUUUUGGGAAACGUGUGUGACCUGACUCUUUUAUGUAGUUUGCACAAAGGUGAUAUACUGCUAAAGCCGAUAUUGGCGGCUGGGGGUACGGAUAUCUCACAUUGGUUCGACUCCAAAACAGGCAACUUAAGGACUCACAUUGACCCAAUAACGCAUUGUCGGGUUCCCUAUAUCCCUUAUGGUCGGUUUUUGCAUGUUCCGCCUUCUUUUCCAACAACUGAUUGGCGAAAUGAUUUCGACACUCCUUGGUGGCAAGAUAAGUCAUACAUAAUUGGCCGUUUAACGAAAAAGCCAAGACGUGUUCGAAUCGUGAACACACUUGCCAGACUCGACGAUACAAUAGAGGUCUGUUCAGAAGAAACGAUGUUGGACAUUUUGGUGCGCUAUCUACAAUGUAAUGCCCACGCUGCUUCUUACACAUGGAAAUACAAUAACGAGGUCUUGGAUAUGAAUAAAACUUUGGCUGAUAACGGAAUUCCGGACGAAGAUAAGAAAUUAGAGGAGCUGCUCUUGAAUGUUGACGACUUUAUUCCCGAAAUCCUUCUUUAUUACAAUGAUGACCUUUCUGAAGCAUAA